AUGGACGCUCCCAGAAGCCCCAGCUCGCCUUUCGAGGCACUUUACGGUGAGCUUUGCGACUCAAUCAACCGAUUCGAUGCGAUGAUGCAGCAAAGCCCCUUCUCUUCUGGGCUUUGGUGGCGGCCCUCUGCGUGGUUGCCAGAUCGUCCUGGGCUCACAGACUUUGUGAACCCUCCUCAGCAGCAGCAGCGAACGAGCCAGUCCAUGCCUUGCUUGCAUCAAGGCGCGAACCGGAGCCAAGACAUUGCACCUUGGGGCGGUAACAGCAAUACCAACAGCAUGUUGCCAUGGCCACACCACACCCCUGGCUGGUUCUCUCAUAACAGCUGCAUUCCACGGAUGGACUUGAGAGACGCUGGUGACAAGCUGGUGCUGCAUGCGGACAUCCCUGGAAUGCAAAAAGAAGAUGUUACGGUUGAUGCACAGGACGGGCGGCUAACGAUUCAAGCCCACAAGAGCAGCAAGCAUGACCAGACAGAGGGCAACUGGUUCAUGAAGGAAAGGUGCAGUAGCAGCUUUUACCGCUCCUUCCCUUUGCCCCCAGGCACGCAACAGGACGGCAUCAAGGCUGCGUACAACAACGGAGUGCUAGAGGUCAACAUUCCUAAGGUGCCGGCAACGCAAUCCGCUUCACCAAAAAAAAUCAACGUGGAAUAA